AGGUUGUGAAUCAUCAAAUACAUGUGAAUUAAUUUGUUAAUGGUGGAGAAAAUCAAAACAGAAUGGUUCCGCUUACUCAAAACUAAAAGGGAUGCCGCUUACUACUAAAAUUUUAAUUAAAAUAAAUCACAUGUGCCAUGACAAACAAUUUAGGCAAAGCCAUGAUAGUAAUUCCAUAGUUAACGGAGUGUUUUUUUUUUAAGGAUUCACAUCAAAAAGCUAAUUUUCGACUUUCACUAAUCAAUACCACAAUCAAGAACCUGCAGCAGUAAGUACUACUAUUGCCAGCUACCCCGAAUCUCAAUUUCUCCCAUCAACACAAUUUUGCCAGAAAAGAAAAAGCUAUAGUCGCUAUGAAACGGAUGAAGGGUCAUCAAGAAGAGGAAGAAGCGGAGGAAGAUGAUGCUUGUAUCAAGAAAGAUGCCACACCUUCUAGUAGCAAUACCAAAGCUGGGAAGAAUAAUGACAAGGCUAGUGCAUUAAGGACCAAGCAUUCAGUGACAGAGCAGCGUCGGAGGUGCAAGAUCAAUGAGAGAUUUCAGGCAUUGAGAAAUCUGAUACCCCAUACCAAUCAAAAGCGAGACACUGCGUCAUUCUUGUUGGAGGUAAUUCAGUACGUACAAUUUUUACAGGAUAAGGUACAGAAGUAUGAAGGAUCAUAUCAGCCUUGGAGCUCAGAGCCUACAAAGCUUAUGCCAUGGAGGAACAGUCAUUGGCACAUGCAGAGUUUACCAGUACAGCCACAUGCCUUGAAGAAUGGUAUUGGUCCAGAAUCAACAUACCUGGGAAGGUUUGAUGAGAAUCCCGCAACUGUUACUUCUACAAUGCAACCAAAUCAGCAGAAUCCAAUUGAAUCUCAUACUAGCAGGGGCGUGUCAUUUAAAUCAAUGGAUCAACAGAAUGAACUAGCUAACAACUCAAUCACAACCACCAUUCCUCUGCAGUCUGGUAUGCCGAUGCCAAUGCCAAACAAUAGUGCCUUCUCAGAGCCUCAACCUAGACCAGUGUCUGAUCAAAGUUCCAACAUAGUUGAUGCUCUGAAUCAUCGAGAGGAUCUGGCAAUAGAUGGAGGCACAAUCAGCAUUUCAACUCCAUACUCAGAGGGGUUACUGGAUUCGGUGAUACAAGCACUGCUGUGUGCCGGUAUAGAUCUUUCAGAGGCUACUAUCUCAACGCAGAUUAAUUUUGGGAACCGGGCAAACCAAGGAAUGACCCCAGGGCCACCUAUUGCAAAGGAUAAUGAGAAUCCUACACCCUCUGGCAAACAACAUAUGGAUCAUUUCCGGGAGGCAAGCAGUGAUGAAGACUUGGAGCAAGCUCAGAAGAGGCUGAAGAUAUAGGUAUUACAAUAGCAUGGCCAUUCCCAGCUAAAUCAACUUAGUUACCAUAUGCUUCAAUAGAAAGUUCUAUGUAUAUUACAUUCUUUUUUUCCGUCCGAGUCAUGUUCAUAGAAACGUUCAUAGAUAUAAUCUUGCUUGUCUGCUGUAAUAUCUUGAAAUUCAGAUUUAUCAGAGGUUAAUAAUUGAUAUCUCA